AUGAACGACACUUCGCUCACGGGGAGGGAGAAGACCCACAACCCUUCCCAGGACCCCAGGAGUCCUUCAUCUUUCAAAAUCGGGCAAAAGGAGGGGUGUGGAGAAAAAAAGGGGAAGCCAGGCUGCCCCCGACCUGACCCAGAGACUGGCCCAAGCCGGAGCCGAGGCCCCCAAACCAGGACGACAUCGCUGCGGGUUGAGAGAAACGACCUGCUCCGCCCAGCGAAAAGCGUCCAGCGUCGUCGGAUGACCCCACCAGCUGUCCUCGAACCGCUACGAACUAGUCCUCAACAAAGCCUCGAGAUUCGAAAGCAGAACGCGGAGCUGCUGGCAACGGCUGGGGUCCUGCCUUGGAAAAACCGACGCCCGGCCCGGGACUUAACCGUUAGUGACAAAGUCACCUCCGCGGGGCUUCUGCUCAUUUCCUCGACAUUCCGCCGCCCGGGAUGGGUCACUUCUCCCUCAGCUUUAGGGACUUUCCCUAGUUCCGUGGGCUGCCCCUGCCAACUCAACGCUAGCCGCCAUGACACCGCUCGGAAAGCGGCAGUGGGUCAUAGAGAGGCGCCGCUGUGGUGUAGAAGGGCCCUGCGACGCCGCCGGACGUGUCCUUGGCGCAAAGGACGAUGGGAUCGCGGAGGACCGAGUGCCGGCCGACCAGACUGGCGGCCUCCACGUAACCUCCUGGAGGUGUCGGGGGAGAACUGGUGGCGUCGCGGAGCUCGGUACCAGUGCAGCUGCGUUUAAUACGUAGAGCCGACCCUGGUGGUGCUCCUAGAAGCUGGCGUGGCCCGGGAACCCUGAAGACAGGUGUUGGGAAUGUUUUAAUCCAGUCUACACCGCGAGGGGAGCGGUGCGAGAGACUUUGCGGAGUCGUUCCGCAGCUCAGGAAGUGACUUCAGAUAACUCAUCCCGCGUCACUUUAUCGAUUAUGCAGCCUCGGCGGAGCUGCCCUGUGCCGGGCACUGUGAAAGGAACCGAGGCUGCAAAGCUAUGAAGAGAGGCUUGCAAAUUCAAGUCCGGAUCGGGGACAGGAUUUUUAUUAUCUUGCAUCGUAGAAAUUUCCUCUGGUGUCUUUUCCAGGUCACAAUUGAAACUCUGUCUUCUUUAAUAUGCAAUCUGCCUUACUCACGAAGCCGACUUCCAUGAAGUUGUACAAGACAACCUUUUCGCAAAAUGACUUACUUGAGGGCGGCAGGACAACUUACCAGAGAAGAACUUCUACGACGUUGGGGGCGCUAGCUGGGCAGAUGCUACCCCUCCCAUGGUCCUCAGGUGCACGCCCUGGUUGACACACUCCAGUGUCCCGCGUGUUUGCGUUCCUUACUAAUGGAAGAAAGGUUGUCGGGUGGAGCUUUGGAAGAAAGCGAAUACAACGAUCAAUCCUCUAUGUUUUUUAUUAUGAUACACAGCAUACAACUUACCAUUUUAGCAUUCAGUUCAGUGGAAUUAAGCACAUUCACAUUCUUGUGUAAUCACCAUCAUUCAUCUCCAGAACUGAAUCUCUAAACUCCUAAACUGGUUAACUCCCAGUUCCACCCUCUAACCACCUGGCAUCCACCUUUCUACUGUCUGUCUCUAUGAAUGUGACUACUCCCAAGAACCUCAAGCAAGUAGUCAUACAGUAUCAAUCUUCUAUAUUUAAGUGGAAGCCCCUGGAAGAUGUUUGAGGUGAUGGUUCAGAGAAGCACUUUUUGCCUUGGGUCUAAGGAAGUAGAAGGGAUUUCAGCAUUGGAGAAAGAGCUGCUCCUGUGCAGAAGAAAAACACAGAUUUUUGAAGAGAAUUAAUCAUUUGGAGAAGGUCUGAAAGCAAUGGGGAUGGUGUAGGACCUUCUCCUUUUCCCUCCUGGCCUCCAGCACUGGGCCUGAGCCACUGUUGAGGGGCAAAUGUCAGAAUCUGACAACUGUUUUCUAAGAAACUCAGCAGGACUCAGCACAAGCAGAGCUGUUUGGGGCCCAUGUGAUGAUAGGUAGCUCAGGGGUAAGGGCCACUUCACUCUGCUCAACCUGGAAGUUAGUACCUCUCUGGUGCUCAGGAAUUAGACACUAUUGGUCUUGGUAUUUUUCUUAUUUUGUAAUAGGUUAUUGCUACUACAUAAAAAGCUGUUAGUCUUUCUUCAACAGCUGAAUGGAUAAGCAAAAUGUGUAUGUAGUCAAUGGAGUAUUAUUCAGCCUGAAGAAGGAAAAAGAUUCUAUAACUUGUGCUACAAAAUGAAUGGACCUUCAUCCUAAGUGAAAUAAGCUAGUCACAUAAAGAUGUGUGAUUCCACUGUCAUUAUUAGUACUCAUAGCACUAACGGCCAGGUGCCGGUCACUCAUGUCUGUAAUCCUAGCUACUUGGGAGGCUGAG